GUAGCGCGCGCGGAUCAAGGGCCAGAUGCUCGUCAAGUAUAAAUAGUGUGACUUCAAUAGUGAGUCUGCAGCAAGUGCGUACACUCCGCAACAAGAGGAAUUGUCAAAGAUCUGGUCACAUCACCUCGCAUUCAGGCCGACAGAUCGAGGGUGCUGUUGCUGUGUUAUGGUACACUGCUGAGGAUCUAAAGAAGAUUGUUUCUUCUUCCUCUUCUUGGGCGCAGUGAUGGAAGAACUCACCGCGUUUGUCUCUAAAUCUUUUGAUCAGAAAGUGAAGGAGAAGAAGGAAGUGAUCACGUACCGGGAGGUGCUGGAGACCGGCUCGGUGAGAAACAGAGAGGGUCUGUCGGUGGAGCCGGUGCGCGAGGAGGUGAACAGCAGCAUCACGCGGAGCGGCGCGCGCUCGUCUCCGGCCAGAGACGAGGACAUGAUCGCGUCAGAGAGAACCAGAGACUCCAUCAGUCCCAAACUCACAGACGGUAACACAGAUAUGAAAGAACGCAAAGAGGAUUGUAAGCCGUUGGAGGAUGAGACACAGACUAAAAUCAAGCAGAGAAGGAGUCGGACUAACUUUACCCUCGAGCAGCUGAACGAGCUGGAGAGACUGUUCGACGAGACGCACUAUCCAGACGCCUUCAUGAGAGAGGAGCUGAGCCAGAGACUCGGGCUGUCGGAGGCCAGGGUGCAGGUUUGGUUUCAGAACCGAAGGGCCAAAUGCAGAAAGCAGGAAAAUCAGUUACAUAAAGGAGUUCUCAUCGGAGCGGCGAGUCAGUUCGAAGCGUGUCGUGUCGCUCCAUAUGUCAACGUGGGAGCUCUGCGCUUGCCAUUCCAGCAGGAUAGUCAUUGCAACGUGCCGCCCUUCUCCUUUCAGGUGCAGGCGCAGCUGCAGCUAGACAGCGCCGUGGCGCACGCGCACCAUCACCUGCACUCGCACCUGGCGGCGCACGCGCCCUACAUGAUGUUUCCCGCGCCGCCGUUCGGUCUGCCCCUGGCGACGCUCGCGGCGGAGUCCGCGUCAGCAGCGUCGAUGGUGGCGGCAGCAGCGGCCGCGAAGAGCACCAACAAAAGCUCGAGCAUCGCGGACCUGAGACUGAAGGCGAAAAAGCACGCGGCGGCGCUGGGGCUGUGACGUCACCGAACAUCGCACGCGACAGAAAAACGCACUAUUUAUGUUUCCUUAUGAAGGACGCGCGAGAGAAAAAGGAGGCUAUUUAUGAACACAAACUGUGAAGUGGACAAACUUUACGUGGAUCUUUUCGCGGAUGGAGGGACAACUCUACAAAAUGUUGAACUACGUAAAGUUGACCUUUUAGUGAACUUUUGCGGAAAUCAAGAAGCUGAAUCUGAAUAUAAUGAUAUCUACAGCGGCUGGGACGACUGUUCGGGAACAUGCUUUAAUACGUUAUUAGUAAUUCAUGGAAAUAAAGAGGCUGGCCUCGUUUUAUUUGAAACAAAGUUUCUCUGUGGAUAUUUGUGAAAUAUUCCAGAAAUCACUUUUGUUGCCAAACAUGAAACCUCCAGUGAUAAACAUAUCCUCACGGAUAAAACACGAUUUCAGUGGAAGUUUAUGCUCUUUGAGUUCUGAAACGAAAUAAAUCAGAAUUAAACGAAACGAUGAUCACCCCUUUGCCUGUUAAUGCGUGGAUUGUGAAUCUAAUCAGAGAUCAUGAUUCAGAGGAGAUCCGACAGAUGAACAUUUCACAUUAACACACAUCUGGCUUUUACUCUCGGUGUAGAAAUAUAAAUCAGGUAAAACACUAAUAUUGAUAAGUUACGGGCACGAGUGAAAUACAUAGCUAUGCUGAUAUAAAUAAAAUGGUUUUGGAUGUUUUAUGCUUCAUCGAGGCAUUGUGGGAGCGUUCUGGAUUUUCUCUGCUAUUUCUUUUCGUUCGUGUUCCUUCAUCUCUUUCUCAGUGUGUCUGACAUGGGUCUCUAAAUGUAAGGAUUAUAAAAGGACAUCGACCGCGCGCACUCAUUUUUAUAAUAUUUAUGAUUUGAUCAUGACUGUGAGACGAGAGCUCACCUCAACACCGUGUUUUCGAUUCAUAAAAUAAAUGUAAAAGAAGAAAAAAAUGAUUGUAGCAUCUGUGUCAUGGUAUUUAGCAUAGGCUAGUUCGUAUGAUUCAUUUUUUUAUUUUUACUUUGUGCAUAUGAUUGAAGCGCUGAAACAGUUCCCUUCGUGUGCACGGGUAGAAUUGCUCUUAUAAUUUAAUGUCUUAAAUUAUACGAUGUAAAUAGGCAUAGUUAAAACCCCGUUUCUGUUUUUUUUUUUUUUUGAUGUUUCUGUUGUGAUAUUACGCAUUAUACAAAGUUUGUUAUUAGUAAUGCAUGUUAUUAAUAACGUGUUGCCGAAAAUCAAUUUUAUACAUGACUAUGUAAAUACAUAUUUAUUUAUUAAGGAAAAACGUUGAUGAUAAAACCUUUUUCAGCUGUGGGUGACUGAAAAA